AUGGCCGAAUCCAAGUUUCACUCCAUACUCUACGAGACGUCCGCCGAUGGCAAGGUGGCCUACGUCACGCUGAACCGACCCGAGCGCCUCAACGCCAUUGACGCGCACAUGCCGCUCGAGAUCCGCGCCGCCGUGCGACAGGCCAACCUCGAUCCCUCCGUGCACUGCAUCGUCCUGCGCGGCAGCGGCGCCGGGUUCUGCGGGGGCUACGACCUGGAGCUCUUUGCGGCGUCGGCGCUCCGGGGCGCGACGGCGGGCAGCCAGGACGCCUCGCAGGGCUACGAGCCGUUCCGCGACUAUCUGCUGAUGGGCGAGUGCACGGCCUGCUACGCCGAGCUCUUCCACAGCCACAAGCCGACGGUGGCGCAGGUGCACGGGGCCGCGGCGGCCGGCGGCUCCGACAUUGCGCUGAGCUGCGACCUCGUCGUCAUGGCCGACGACGCGCGCAUCGGCUACCCGCCGGCGCGCGUCUGGGGCUGCCCGACGACGGCCAUGUGGGCGCACCGCGUCGGCAUGGAGCGCGCCAAGCGCAUGCUGCUCACGGGCGACCUGGUGGACGGGAGGGAGGCGGCGGCCAUGGGGCUGGUCCUGCGGUCGGUGCCCCGCGCGGAGCUGGCGGCCGCGGUGCGCCUGCUGACGGACCGCAUCAAGAGCGUCCCGGUGAACCAGCUGUGGAUGCAGAAGCAGAUGAUCAACAGCACGUUUGAGGCCCAGAUUGCGGCGAGUCAGCGCUUGGCGACCGUGUUUGACGGCAUCACGAGGAACUCGCCAGAGGGCAUCGCGUUUCAGGGCCUGGCGGCGGACAAGGGCUUCAAGGCGGCUGUGGCGGCGAGAGAUGAGCCUGGCCGCACACCAAGUUACAGAAAGGUGUGGAAGAGUUCCUUGUAA